AUGAUCCGACGCACCUUCUCCCGUGUUACUCGCAUGGACUUCCAAAUACUCUAUGGUACCUACGUCAGACCGCUCCUGGAGUACGCCAAACAAGUUGUCUACUCAGGACGUACGAAAGACAUCACCCUCAUUGAGCGUGUCCAGCGGGCCGCCACGAGAAUAGUUGCCGGCCUCAAAUCCGUGGACUACGAAAUGCCUCUCGCGAUGCUCGAUCUAUUUCCCCUGGAGUACCGUCGCUUUCGAGGAGACCUAAUUCUUACUUACGCCCUGUUUGAACAAAGCCUGGCAAACAGGUUUUUAACGUUGAGCCAGCAAACACCAGAUCCCAAACGCCUGGAAACCCAAAUACGUGUGUUCAAACGAUGGCUUAAUUGUUUACUGAAACAGGCCAACGCUCGGGAGGUUACAGAUGUUCUGGACAUAUUCAGAGAUACCAAGAAUCUCUACUACCUUUGUAAAUAUCUGCUUGGACAGAAAGUCAGCACAUUCAAAGAACCACUCGCAGAAGAUGCUUCCUACCUGGAUCGAGCAAUUGCCAUGUUGGAACGUUUGUAUGGGCAUGAAAUUGCAACGGUUAUGCAGACCGCCUUUGUGGAAAUCAGCUCGAAACAAGCCUGGGAUUCUGAAGCAUUCCUCAGGGAGAUCACGACAGAUGCUAGCCGGGGGACUUGCCAUAACCUCCUGCUUCUCGGUUUGGAUACAAUAUGGAUUUUCAUAGUCACCGUUCGUGCUGGCACUGGCCCCCCAUCUAACCUGGUUGGCUCAAUCAGUUCCUCGGGUUCCACUAUCACGCGACGUAGCUUUAGCGGUCACUCCGGAAGUCAGUCGCAUUCGGUCAACUUGCUUUCUACCAGGUCUCCUUGUGUUGAUCGUUGGCUGAUUAGUCAGGAUGAACGUCUGAUGGCAUGGUGUGUUGCAGUCACUGAAGGACCAGACCUAUUCACCUACGGAACACGAUUGGAACGAACAGUCAAUCAGAAUUUAUCGUUGGCGUUUCAUCUGGCCACUGCGGAAUUCGCAACUCCGCGGCUCCUGGAACCAAUCGAUAUGCAUCCGGAACAGGUAGAUGCACGAGCGACGGCAACUUACAUUCUGGAGUUUCGGAAAGCGGUUGAGCGCGAUCGAAAAAGGCGUUCACGUGGGAUCCUCGAAAUUCAAACUUCAGCGAUGGUACAAGAUCAGUCUGAAGCAGGUAUGGAAACAACUAAUGUGACUGUACUGAGUCGCGCAUCACCCACCUCAAGCGCAAGUGCUUCGGAUACCACGUGGUUAGACGAUGAGCUAGACAAUGAUUCCGGUGAAGAUGGAAACACAAUGAGAUCCUUGCCAGACCCAGAUCUGUUCGACUCAACAAUUGAGACCACACUGGCCUGGUUACUAGCUAUGGAAGAACGUUUUGCCAACAACGACCUUACGCACUUGGAACUUGUAGUACCACAAGCGGUUGAACAGUUCAGUUGGUCAAAUUAUUCCGAUGCAAAUUUUCGAAAGAAUUUACGGCAACUCAACUUUUUAACGAACGACGAACGGAAUGACAUUGAGUCGCUGCUAUCAAGCACAACAGAACGUUUAAAAAAGUUGCACGAGAAAAUUGUCGGGCGCGUCGAUGAAGCCAUGGCGCGUUUUGAGGUGCACGAGGAUUUGACAGCUCACAUGGCCCGUCGCCAAAUGGCGGUCGGUCGUUGUUUGCGUCUCGGAAAUCGGUUGAUUCGAAUUUGCCGAGAUCGUCAGGCGCUAGAAGAUGCAGGUGACACAGGAAACGCCGAAAGUACGGAUGCUUUAUCAGAGCAGGACAGAGAGUAUCAGGCUCGUUUGCGCGAAAAGCUACUUCAUCUGGAUCCAGAAGUUAUUCAACGGCAAACUGCUCUGCUGUCCUCACGCUGGAACAAUUUAUGUCGCGUUAACCAGACACUGGGGCGCCGUAUUACAAACUGCCUUUUGCGGAGACAAGGCAUAUUGCUAGUAGCUAUCCGUCUGCAGUUGGAAAAGCUGGAAGAAGAACGGUCGCGCCAGGCAGAGCUCCCUUUCGGUCCAUCAAUUCGGGAAUUGAAAAACCAGUUGGAGGUGAAUCGUUGCUUGGAGGAGGGAAUUGAAAUUGGCGAGGUUUUGGCCGCACGUUUGGAUAACUUUAUUAUGUUAGUUCCCCUUCACAACGCGGAGGAAACCGAAAGAGAGUUUGGAUUAGAAGCAAUCAUUACCGAUUUGGCAAAUCGAUGGGGGCGGUUGGUAGACUGGGUUAACACAAGGUAUGCAAAACUUCAAAACGCUCUACUGCACUGGCGCCACUUUGAAGAAGAAUACAGUGUCCUCUCUGACUGGCUGAACGAACGUGCAGACGAAGCAUCUCGGAUAUCCGCAAUGGCUAGAUCCUCGUCCCCCCGCAUGACUCUUUUUUCACGACAAACGUCGUUGGAUAAAGCUUCCAACUCACCUUCACACACCAUGUCCAGAAAUAACUCAUUCGGUCGUAACCACGGUUCCAGCUCGGUCGAUGACUCGUUGAUGCAAGGUGAACAGCAAGAUAUCCUUGCUGCAACGGAAGCAGAAUCAGAAGCCAUCUCUAACUACAUCAACAGCCAUGAGCCACGCUGGGCACAACUGUUAGCCAGUCUGGAUCGACGCGCCCAAGCCGUCCGUGAGGCUUGUGGUGACACGGAGGAGGUAAGUCGACUAGUUGAGUCAAUGGUUGAUCGACUGGUGAAUCGAUGGAGUCAACUGGACGAGCCCGAAUUUUCUGUCGAUGACUGGAUAGACCGCUACACAAGAGACGGAAAUGAUUUGAACGUAUCACCGGAACCAGAACAAAAUGCACGCAUAACGGCCCAGGAGGAUUUACAAAAGAAUGUGAACCAUUCAGCGGCUCAAGUGCGCGAAGAGUUUGAGCAGGGUACGAUUUCAAAGGAGAAUAAAAGACAGCAUGUGGAUACCCUGACACUACCAAAGGGGUCCAAGAUCCCGGGUCUGGACACAGUCCCACCUCCAUCGCCUACGGGCUACAGAGCUGAGUUUGAGGCGAAGGCGGAAGAAUUGUUAAACUGGUUGGAGAAUUGCGCCGAGGCACUUGAACUGGUCACCAUGGACAAGAAUGGCAAUCCCUUGGAUACUCCUGGAGGGCAAGCGAAAAUUUCAGAACGUAAAGUAAAUGAAACUGAGGCUACAGCAUCACCCGAAAAUCCAACGAAUGUUAUCAACCGGAUUUCCAGAGAGGUUGCGGACUGGCGUGAAACCAUGCAAAAAGUUUUGACGAUGGGUGAACGAUACCGGGAGGAGUUGCUUGAAGUGGGUGAAUCUGUUGAAGAACUGGAUCAACUUUUCGACGAAGUCGAAGAACGGUGGGCGUAUCUUACUUCGUUGUUAACUGAAGCCGAGCGUCAAGUUCGUGUUGCCACAAACAAAGCCCAAUUUCAUGAGGAAGUUUCCAAACUGCUCAGUCGACCUCAAGAGGAGGCGGAUACUGGUCCGGUGAAACUUGAUAACGUUGCAAAUGCUUCAGCCAAGCUACCAUCAGAUGUUAUAGCUCAUCCAGCAGAAUCCGUCACAGAACAACUGCUUUCGAAAACCGAACAGCUACAUAAUCAAUUAUCACGUGUUGAGGAGACGCUACAGGAGCCGUUGGUAUUCGCUAACCCGGACGACCUUGAGGACCAACUUCUCAAUGUGAGGAACCUCUUGGAAGACCUUUUGGAUGAACAUUCGAAGCUCAGUGAGUUGCUGGAGAAAGUGGACACAACAAAAAAUGCUGACUUGGUCGGUCGUACAUCUGUUGCUAUCAACAGGCUCAAAUCUGCUUGUGCCAGUUUGAAGACUCGACUGGGUCACACACAAGAUUUGAGUGAAAAGGUGGACUUCUUCAUGAACCAACUUGAAGGAAUCGAGAAGUGGCUGUCCGAUAUGCGGGACUAUCUGGAUUCUGUGUCACAUGCUGUGCUGCCCUCGCCCACCGUGAUUCAGGCUCAAAUGCAAGAGAGUUUUGAAGCACUCAAAGAUAUGGAGACCCUGGAGCCGACAUUGCAGAAGGUUAGCAAUACAGCCAAACACUUACAAGCCUAUUUCAAGGAGGAAUAUCAAAAGCUUCUCGCCGACCGAUUAGUGUCAGUGCAAGCAAACUGGGACGAGGUGAAAGAGUUGACAAAGUCUAACCGUGAGCAUCUGGAAUCACUUUUAUCAACUAAGUCUGCCGAGACACCGAGCACUCAAGGUCGGUUGACAAAUCUGGAUGCUUUGGAGCAAACAACUUCGGUCAACAAGCAACUGAGUCUGCCGGAAUUAACCGUUCAACCAGUUAGUGUCAUUGGUGUGGCCGCGGUUCCCACGAAUGAACCGACGCAUCUGCAGAAGUUACGCGUUGAUGUGGAUGAGUUGGAACGUUGGAUGACAGAAGCCAAAGAAAAACUGGCUAAAUUUGCAACGGUUGAAACACAGACCGAGUUGACUGCAAUGGAAAACAUUAUCCAGGCAAAUGCAAAAGAGGAAGAAACCAAGUGUUUCAAGUUGUUUUUUACUCAGCUAGAUUUGUUAGGCUUUUCUCAACCUUCUUAUGCCAAUAACGAGUCUUUGUCAAAGAGAGGUCAAGUCUGUCUGUAUGUUUACUUUCAGACGCUAAACAAUGGGAUCUCAGAACGUCGCUACAUCCUCGCUGCACUGGACACCCACACCGCGGUUAGCAUGACAGAUCAGCCACUGUCAGACACAGUGUCUCUUCUGACACGCGCGCAUUUUGCUGACUUGGAAUCUGCUGUUGCAGCAGAACGAGAACGUCUCCGAGGAGCAAUAUAUUAUCUGGAAGAUUUUACUACUUUGAUGAACGGUGAAUCGCGUUGGUUCGAUUCGGUUUCUCAACUUAUGGAACGACUGAAAUCCGAAACAUAUGCUGAUUUACCCGAAUUGGCGGAGGAUCUUGAGUCACUAAAUCGGUUAUCCGAAGAGCAUUCUGCUGAAGAUGAGGAACGUCUGAACAGUUUGGCCAAGUCACUUUCGUUAGCAAAAGUGAUGAGUCAUCACGUUCGAAUGGAGCUGGAGGCGUACAACAAGAAACUGGCUGCCACGAAGGAUCAAAUGGACCGUGUCCAAAAUGACCUUAAGUCUAUCGUCGACUGUGGGCAGCGUGCUGAAAUGAAAACGCAGGAGUGGGAAACACUCUUGCUCAGUACAGUGCGACAAGUAAAUGCCAACGGCGAUUCCAAUGAUUUGACCCAAAGUGACUUAAAUCGACUGGCGGAGUGCAACAUUCAGAUAAGUGGAUGCAAAGAGUUCCUGGCCCAGAUAAAACGGGAACGUAGUCAAGACUGGGGAGCGGAACCGGCAGCAAAGCUGUUGUGUGACAAGUUAGAACAAUGUCAGACGAAACUGGAGGUUACUCUAAACUCCGUUCAAAAUGUCCUCGAAAGGAUGGACCGCAUAACGAAUCUUGAGCCAUCCCUGACAAUUUUGAAACAGCGAUUGACUGAGGUCGAAAAGCAGCUACAUUUACUUGACAUCAUUUCCUGCACACCAGACGAGCUUGCAACAAGCACAGAAAAAGUAAAGGAUCUCCUAACAAGCCUGAAUGAACUAAAAGUUGAGCUUGAUCAGUUGCAAAAAGCCAGCCCAUCUGCAGACAAAAAAUCGACAGAUAUUUCGGAAAAACUGUCGUCAGAGCUCAUUGCAUUGCAAGAGCGUCAUCGGAACUUAGUCAUGACCAUUUUGACUGCUCUGGGUCGGUUGGAAGAUGCAUUGCCUUUGGCACAGAAAUUGGAACAACUCGUGGCGACUUUGGGCAAUCAGGUGGACAGCGUGGAAGAAGUGACAGACUAUCUUGAAACAGCGGACUGUCCAAUGUCGAGGAAAGAUAUGGUACAGAGUGUAUACACCAGCCUCGAGAAAAUCUGUGCCAAAGAUGGCCUCGUGGGACAGAUUCUGCAAACCAUGGAAAAAUUGAAGCAGUUAACAACGGUUGAAUCUUCCUUGACAUCAUCAAAACAGUUUAAAGACAUUGAGAAACGCAUUGAAGGCGUGAUGGCGACAAAAGAAGCAUUCCAUCGACAGGCUGAGCAGCUGGAAGCUAACGCAGCGAAGCACACAACAGACAGCUGUUCGCACACACCGGCACUCGCCCUUGAGCAUCCGGUAUUACUGGGGAUCAGACCAUCAGUGAGCCAGUUGAUUGAAUCAUUGGUUAAGAAGGAAUCCCAGACACCUCCCAUGCUUCGUCAACUGGCGCGUGAAAUAAAGGAUCACUUCAAAAGCGUGGUUCUAUUCUAUCGAUACUGUCUUGGCACAAACGCACCACUGCCUCCGGUCCGCGAAGAAGAGAUGGAGGUCAAUUCGCAUAUCUCAAAGGGAAGUGAUUACGUAACCACCAUUGCGGAACGGAAAGCUGUUGUCCAGCAAAAAACGCAUUUGGGCGAUCGACUCAGAGAACUAAUCGUCAACGCAGGUGGAGACGGGAUAGGUUAUCGGCUGCAAGACCUUCUGAGCCUGCAAAAUGUAUGGCACGAGACCAAUGACAAGCUGGAUCGUCGAGGAGAGCACAUGGCAACGUUGGAACAGCAGCUGAACGCAGCUGAGCAAGCCUUGUCAGAAUACAUGGCAUGUUGCUCAACCGCGCAACGCUCCAAAUGUAUCUCUCUGCUAAAUCGGUUGGAGGAGACAUAUGGUUGGAAAUUGACGGCGGACCAUGAGAUGCUCAAUCAAAAAACCCUGUCCGACGCCUAUUUCACUGACAGAGCUAAAAAGGAUAAGAUAUUGGAUGAAAACCUUGUAAAUAAGUAUGAGGCGCAGCUGAGGACUCCAGCGCAACUUUUGAAUGCCAGUCAUUUGGACUUGGCCCUCAUAAAACGAGGUUCAGUGGUGGAUCUAGGUGCUAUUCUGAAGCGUGCGGAAAGUCGGUUCAUUCAAUGUCAUCAAGCAAUUGAAGUGACAGAACAAACACUCGACCAACUAAAAAAGACCUACAACCCUGUGGAGAACACUCAAAUACCAGUGGAUAGAGCAGAUCCUGAGUGUACAAGCACUUUGACGAACGAUGACUUGAUGUGGCUAAAAAUUUUACUGGAAGCGCAAAAAAACCGCUUUGAUGACUAUUCAAGUCACUUUAACUUCCACAAAAAUAUUUGGCAGCACCGCGUGGAUCAAUGGGACGCAUUUUGUUCCUGUUUGGACAACCUAAAGGCAGUAUUGAAUGAUCUUCGCGAGAACGAGGACAAUGCUUAUCUUGGCUCCCGACAGGACAUACGAAGACGACUGCAAUAUGCAUGCGGUCAGUUUGAAAUCCUUCAAAAGAUAGGCCUUGGCCUGACCCAGACAGAAGUCAAUGAAAUCAGUCAAGAGAACGGCUUUACUGAGCCAAACGAAGGGUUGAAGAUGGAACCUGACAAAAACUAUUCUAUGGAGAAGAAGAAUCCACCUGUUGUCCCACCUAGGAGGAACAGCCUUAACAGAGGGAAACAGUCCGGCCCAGAACAGGAUGAUCGGGCUUAUAUUCGGCGUGAAGUGAACGCUAUUCGCAGCCAGUUACAAGAAUUGUGUAGGCGGUAUAGUUGUUUAAGUCUUUUGGUUGGUAUUGCUGCAGACGGAUCGGAACCUGUUGUGUCUGAAACGUCUGGCUUGGGUGAACUCUUGGUACCUCCACCAACCAAAAUCACAGCCCAGAGGUCCGCCUAUGUGAACGUCGGCGCAUUGGACGAUGAAGGUCCUCCAUUAUCGAUCUCAACUUUGGAGGAACUCGGUACCUACCAGAACGACGUGGAAGCAUGUCUACGAGGUCUGGCUGAAGAAACACACUGGUUGAUCAAUAGUUCUGGCCUAGUCCCGAAAAGUCUGGUACGACGGAAGUCAGAUGAUAUUCGACUGGCCACCACAGCAAGAUCGAAACCCACUACCGAGGCGGAAUUGUGCUUCGAUCUAUUGUUUUGGCAUGGACAAACAGGUUCCGACUUGAACGGCGGCACUACGAGGAUGAAUGUAUUAGAGUUCACGCCGUCUUGGUUAAAAACAAAGUGGGCGGAGUUAGAGGCACUGAUCGAGGUCACUUUCGAGCAUGAAAAACAAGCCAACGCUUGGUGUCGGAAGUCCAUUCAUCUGGUCCGACUACUUCGAGAGUGUGAAGGGACACGAACGAAACCAGCUCACGGCAAAGUCAUCACCAGAUUGGAGGCCAGCUGCAAUAGGCUCUCUGAGGCGUUAUCUUUAGCGCAAACAGCGUUGCGACGUCGUAAACUCUGUCUGACACGUUGGCAGUCACAGCUGGUGGAGUUGGAUACCUUGUUGGCCGAAAUCAAAACGUUGAUGGGAUCCUAUGAAAAUACCGGUUGGGGUAUAGCAGGCGAGACUCCCAGUGAUUGGUUGGCAGAUUUACGCCAAAAGUUGAUUGAGACUUUGCGAGUACAGGACCAACGUGUGAAUCGCGAUCAUUGGCUUAUGGAGUUGGAUCCACAAAACUCCGGACUCGGAAAUUAUCUGGAUGCCUUAUCUUCAAGCUGGAACAAAAUCCAGGCUGAGCUAGCAUCGGCUGAGCAGUCGGCAAUGAAAGUCCAAGUUCCAGAACACAUCGCCUCUCAAAUCCGCGCAUUGUUAACCGAGUGGGAGAUGGUAUGCGUUGCCUUGAACUUGCAGCCUAGGAUUGAACAGGACAGAAGAUAUUCCCAAGAAGAUCGGCCGAAUUCACUGGUGAUCAUGCCUGCAGUGGCCGUAGUUUGCGCUCCCAACUCUUGGUUGAAGGACCAUGUUCCUGCAGAGCCAUUACAGUCAGCUAUGAACAGGAUGCCUUGCACGGAAACUACCGCAUCCAGCAUCACAGCUGCAGAAUCCACUUCGCCUACGUUGUCUCGUAUCCGAGCUGAAUUGGAGCAGCUAUCACGUUGGUUAACGGCUAUAGCAAACUUUUCGGCGCAUAGUCGAGUCAGGCUGGGUGAUCGUUUUGAUCAGGAUACAAUGAAUAGUCAGUUAUUGCCGAAUUCACUGGUGAUCAUGCCUGCAGUGGCCGUAGUUUGCGCUCCCAACUCUUUGUUGAAGGACCAUGUUCCUGCAGAGCCAUUACAGUCAGCUAUGAACAGGAUGCCUUGCACGGAAACUACCGCAUCCAGCAUCACAGCUGCAGAAUCCACUUCGCCUACGUUGUCUCGUAUCCGAGCUGAAUUGGAGCAGCUAUCACGUUGGUUAACGGCUAUAGCAAACUUUUCGGCGCAUAGUCGAGUCAGGCUGGGUGAUCGUUUUGAUCAGGAUACAAUGAAUAGUCAGUUAUUGCACGCGAAGCUCGUAACGAGUGAAGGCUCCCGGAUGGAUAUUUCACAGAUUUACCAUCCAGCUGCGCUUCAACUCAAGAUACAGCAAUUUCUUACAGAACUUGAGGCUCGGAAGCCCCAGUUGGACCGAAUAAGCGUCGAACGGGAUCGUUUGGGUGCUUGGAACGCAGAUGAAUCACUUGCAUCAACACUCAGUUCACAAGUUUCGCGUCUCUUGUCCGGAUUUAAAAGAGCAGUCAUAGAACUGGUGGAAGAUGAUCAGCCACCUGGCUCACCUCAAAAACCAUUGGUCGCCCCUCCCAGAAGUGUAUUUGGCGCCGAUCUGGUUACAUCAACCAACGUCACCAGCGUCUUCCAUCCAGGUUCUGCUCAUUUCUCAGCUGAUCAACAGCAACUGGAAACUGAAAGAACAGAUAAAGUAAUUGAAUUGGUAUCAACCAAACAGGCGGAGAAGAAAAGAAGCGCAAAUUACUCUUCGCGUGGCAAUUAUUUUAAAAGAGAUCAAAACUCACCCACCGGUAACGCGUCCGGUGAAAAUGUGCAAACGGAUUUCCACACUCGAUCUAACGUGGCAUCUCCGCUUAGAAACAAUGCAAUAGGUGCGACGGUGAGCCACACAGACUCAGUCCUAGACCCACAACUGUGCUAUGUGACCCACAAUAGAGUACCGUUUUCGUCCUCUGUGGGCGACAUAGGGUUGAUAACUAACCCUAAGCGGGAAAACCCAAACAGUGGCUUGAACGGACAACACAAAACAUCCACGCCUGUUACAGUGCGGAUCAUAACUGAUAUGAUCGGGGAUGAUGCUUCGGCCGAAAACUUGUCUGAACUUUGGGCGAACACCGAGGACCAAAUGCAACGUCGAACACUUGAGCUAGAAGAAAUCAUAGCGGACACACAGAAAUUGAAGGAUCAUGAGCGUGAUCUCGAUCGCUGGUUGACCAAAGCUGAAGCGGAAUUGGAUCUUCUAACAGGUUCCAAAGGGUCAGGAGAUGGGGAGACAUUUGAUUCACCAAGACGACUACCUCUCAGCCCAGAUUCUAGCCGGAAGCGAUUGCAAGAUCUAGGUGACUCGUUGGCCUUGGGUCGAGAAAAACUAAGGAACUACACUCAUGAGGCUGAAUCCCUCAUGACGAGAUUCCAGUCGGAGGAUACCAGUAAGAUUCGCAAGGACUUGGAACAGAUUACCGACCGCUGGGACCAGUUUAAUAAAAGACUCCAACAAACAGUCAGCUCAGGAAUCGAACGUAUUUGUGAAGAUUUCUUACUGGAAUCCGAAAAGACUGUCGCCCUCAAAGGUCAGCAGACUUCGAGCUUUGAACCCCGGCUAAUUUCAGCCAGUUCGACGGAAAAGCUGACCGAGAAAUUGGAUCAUAUUGACAGGAAAGUGAAUCGUAUCGCACAGAUGGAGAUUGACCUGAAGCGUCAACACGGAAAGUUGGAUGAGUCAGUCAAUGUGACGGAGCAGAGGUCCCAGCUGAUCAACGAACUCCAGGCCUUACAAACCGAAAUCAACAGCCUGUCCGCGCAGAUUACCGGCGGUACAAUGCUAUCACAUGAGGAUGUGAACCUCUUGCCUGACAGCGAAUUUCUCACCCGAUGGCGCCAGCUUCGAGACAAGGUGGCUUCCUUGAGGCAAACUGUUCAAACCAGCUCCGGCCAAGCCCAUCUGUUUCUCGCCCGGCUCAAGGAAAUGAAUAACUGGGUCGCACAUCGUGAUGCCACAUUUCGGGCUACGAUAUGCCCCCUGUCUGGAAAUCUGCUGUUCAUCCUAAAAUUACGUGAGACGAUGUUGGUAUCCGGGAAAAGUGGUCGCAGUACGGAGGUGACUUUUGAUGAGAAAAAAUAUGUAGAUUUGUUUAGAUUUAUCCAAAUUCAUAAUCUAUUCAAAGAGAUUGAAGCCCAUCGACCACAAAUCGAAGAAGUACUUCAACAAGGACUUGUUCAGUACGGUGACGAAAGGAGUGAAACCGGCUUGGGAUGUGAUUCGGAGCUCGAGUCCGAUGCAUCUGAUAUGCCGGUUCACGGUUCUUCACAACGUCAAGAUUCCAGAGACUCCACCGGCGAUGACCAGUCGAAGCGCGUGACUCGUCGGAUCCGAAGAUAUUUGUAUCAUUUGAGGAAACGGUGGCUUGCACUCAACUCAAGCAUGCUUGAAUACAAGCAGAAGUUGGAUGCAGUUUCAGAUCGCCUAUCAAACUUCCAGUCAAUGUUCAACGAUGUGGUGGAGCAAGUUCGCAGUGCACAUGCUGUUGCACUUCGGUGGAUGCCGGUUGAUUGUCUGCCUGUCGACCGAAUCGGGACAGAACUUGAGCAAGCUCAGUCGUUUUACGAGGCCUGUGAUCCACUUGUUAUCCUCUUGAACAACUUGGACCGACAAAUUGUUCAAUUUCACGAUAGUCAGAUUGCACUGGAUCCACACAUUAUUACACAGCAGGCUGCAUUACGCAACGAUUUUGAUCAGGUCCGAUUCCUCACAGAGGCCCGAAUCCGCGCCCUGAGUCAGACGCUGGUUUCCAUUCAAACAUUGGAUCAGCGCACACAACCGCAACUUACCCGAUCUCCGUCACAUCGCACUCCGAUCGAAGGUGGGCGGUACAUUGGCAUGGAUCCCACAGAGAACUUUGUGAACGGAAAGAUGGAAUCUCCUGUACCCAUGCAAGCAGAGGCUGUACCUUUAAGUGUUGAUUCGCUGAGUAUAUCGAUCCUGGCGGAAAAUUUGAAACAUAUCGGUCAUUCUCAACCGGUCGAUGAGCACAAUCAAGAUCCAUUUGACCGAACAAUAAAUGUACCGCAAAUGAUCGAUUGUCUGUUGGACCUGUUCAAUUGUGCAAACGGGAUGUUUGGAUUGAGCGAUACACAGGGAACCCCGGCCAAGCACCAGGCUGGUGGAGACUGGGCUGCUUCUCAACAGAAGACUGGUGCUUCAGCCAAAUAUUCCACCCUUCCAUCCACGCGGUCCAGCGACACCGACGCACUUCAUCAGAGUCGUGUGACCCCAACCAAAUGCGGGAAAGGCUUUCGUCGUCAUUCUUCCACUACCAGAGAUCAACAGCGCAAUUCUGGAGAUCCAGCGUCAACUAGGCCAUUGAUAUCCUCACCUGUUCCUGGUAGUGUACAGCCAACGAGUCUUCUUACACCAGGCACUAGGUGUGCCAGCCUUCCAGAGAGUGUGACGUUUACCGCUACUGCUAGCCCGAUUCAUCGAACAGGUUCAGAUAAAGCACGUCGAUCCACCAGAAAAGGCAAACGACACUUUCUCGUUGGUCCUACAAGGCUUCCAGUGAACGUUUGCGUUGAUCUAACCUUGAACUGGCUACUGAAUGUCUAUGACAGGAUGCGAAAGGGGAAUGUCCGAGCUUUGUCUUUCAAGGUCGCACUGACAACUCUGUCUGUUGCAAACUUAGACGAAAAAUAUCGAUAUCUGUUCAGCCUGAUUGCUGACCCCAACGGAUGUGUCACUGAACAAAGGCUGUAUGCUCUGUUGUGUGAAUGCAUCUUGAUACCACGCAAUUUGGGAGAAGGUGGUUGGAUAGGCAAAGAAGAUUUUGCCACUACUGUGAAACACUGUUUCGAGCAAGUUGCUGAAAUAGCGCGAAGCUCAGAUUCUGGUUCUCACUUCAGUCCUCGAAGCAUCCCGGUGCGACACUUUUUGACAUGGCUACGCUUCGGACCAAAAACAAUCAUCUGGCUUCCGCUUCUCCAUCGGAUUAUGCUCGCUGAGCAAGUUGUUCACAAUGUGCGUUGUGGUGUAUGUCAGCGUCAGCCACUAACCGGCUUGCGUCCACCUCUGGAGAUUCAUUUCGCGAUUUCACCCGAAUUGUACGAAAUCGACUUCGUUCACGAGACAGAGGAGGACAGCGUUCAGAUUCGGAACAGACAAGCAUCACAACGAGAUAUUCGCGUGGCCGCAGUACUUGCUGUGACGCAAACUCAUUUGGAGAAGAUAAUCAAGAACAUUGGUCUUUUCACCCCCUACGCUAGCAAACCACGACCUGCUCCAACUUUUGGGCCCGAUCUGGUAUCUUUACUUCCAAGAGAUUCAGCAUUGCUGGAUAGCUCACCAUUCAAGCGGAACGACUGGUCGAAAGGUGGUGAUUCCAUUGGCACACCGGACGAUCAAAUAGUUCGUUCGCAUGCUCAGGCUCCAGCAGCCAGUGAGCCGCCGAUCAGUCGACCAAGUUCUAGUCAGGUACCUCACAGUCCCGAAUAUCGCUUGCCACCACGUGCAGCUUCCGACACACGGCAGUUCCAACGGGGAACCCUAAGUGAUGGUACUGGGGUUACUGGACGAAGUACAUUCCCCAAAUCACAGUUCAGUAGGCUGCAACACACCAACGCGAUUGACAUUGACGAUGAGCACAAUCUAAUCGCUCAAUACAGCAAUGAGCUAAGACAACAGAGUGAACCAGAUUUGAAUCCUGUCCAGCAAAUGGUGUCAUCCACCCAUUCCGCUGUUCCGGCAAUUAUGGAUCGAUCAACCAUCUCCGAUGGUAUUCCAUGCACACCAGUUACAGCGUUAGGUAACGAGGCGUUGCCUGCCCAUGCAGGACAUUCAAGUCUGGACCGCAGACAACUUGGCCGAUUGACAGGUGGACAACCCUACCUCUCCCACGGUGGUCCCCAAAACGGUUCACUGGAUGUGCAACCGAGUUACUACCCUGGCGCGCCUUAUCCUUAUCCACUGUCUUCUAAUCCCGCAUUGCCCCGGAUGAUCUCGAAUGAGUCCCAUAUGAUCCCUAAUAUCCAGCGUUCCUAUUCUCUACGUGCCCGCUCUCAACCCCCACCGGAUGUCCACGGUUUUCGACAUAACUUCGGGCCCAACUUCGAUCCCCGAUCACCUUGGCCACCUGCUUCGCAGCCAGUAAACUACCAUGGAAAUAAUGAUCAGACCAUGCGAACGUUAGAAGAUGAGCGGAAGCUACUUCAGAUGGAGUAUGACCGACUACGCCAGCGUACGAACACACCAACGUAUUUACCUAGUUCGUCCUCUUCCAGGCUGCAAGCGCAGCAAGCUCAGCAACGUUUCGCGCGAAUGCAGCUCCAACAUCAAUUCAUGAAUCAACAGCAACAACAAGAUCCAAUGCGAGCCAGCUUGGCUAGACCAUAUCUCCCCCGCAUUCCGCUCCACAGACCACCCUCAGUUGGUUCUGCAUUUCCUAAUGGACCGCUUAAUACCGGUCCACCUACAAUCACCGGACGAGUUAACUACGGAGGAAGCCUUGGGCGCUCAAAAAAUACUUCCAACGGCUUCGGCUAUCUUAUGGAUAGCUAUGGUUCCGAGCCUCGUGUUGGUGGCUACCCCUAUGGAUUUGAGGCUGGCGGUAUGGAUCCCAUGUCAACAAAUCAAAAUGCCGUUUCUAGUGAACUGGCAAUCGAAGCUCGCCGACUACGGGAACAUCGGGGACGCCUUGAGGUGCGGAUGCAGCAACUUGAGGACCAGAACAAACAACUGGAACACAAACUGCAACGCCUACGGCAAUAUUUGAUAUCCGGUGGUACAGCAUCAGGAGUGGGUGGUCCUAGCAGCACGAACAAGAUACCAACAGAACUGCUGUUGGACCGCAUCAAUGCCAACUCAAAAACUAGUCUAAGACAGCGUUCGGCUUCUGGAGGAUUGGCUAGUCAGGCAUACCCGGUGGACGGAAAAUCCUACAGAGGGAGCGGCAGCGUCGGACAACUUAUCGGUCCAGUCAGCCUAGAGAUAAAACAGGCCGGAACAAAAACACCGGUGAAUUCGAUUGAUCGCUCUCAACAAGAGGAGCAGAAUAAAAUCACUUCAACGCCGCAAGAUUACUAUCAAGUCCCUGUAGAUGACUCCUUCCCAGUUUUAACUUCACCCGGCCCCCAGACUGAUGAUGGUCACACAACUUUCCGCCCGACUCUGCUACGAUCGGAUUCCAACCAGUAUUAAAAUGGGUCAGUGGAACACAGCCCCGAAGGACCGAGAUGUCCUGUACCUCGAUGCUUUCAAAAUCCGUCUUGCACAUCUACCAGUCUAUCCUUCCCCCUAACGCUUUUCCGGCUGCCAUUAAUAUACCCAGUUUCAACCAUUUUUUUUCUGUGAUGAUGCACUACAGAAACACAACUUUGCUUGCUCAGUCCUAGGGUCGAUCACGACAAAAAUAGUAGUACACAAAAGCCAAUCGCAUCAGCUCCAGACUACGCGCGUUCUUCCUGAACCAGACGACCCGAUGCGCACGUUGUCUGUUUCAGUUGAACUCUGUUCCUCAGUGCGAUGAGGAGGGAUUACGAUUUGCUUUUUCUCUCUUCCUUUUAUUUUGCACACAAUCUCAAACAUCUGCUUAUUUCAACUGGCUGAAGGUUUUCGCGAAAUCACACCGUGAGGGCCUCAUUUGUUUUUCAAGUUAUAUUACCCAAGCUAUGGCACGAUGGGGCUCUGUCUAAAGAAAACUAUGUACCAACCAUAAGACGUGAUUAAAUUUGUAUUCGGAAAUAUU